CAGCAAAAUGGUGUUUCUGAGAGAAAAAAUAGAACAAUGAUGGAAAUGGCUAGAAGCAUGCUUUCUGAGAAGAAUUUGCCCAAUAAGUUUUGGGCAGAGGCAGUGCAUACUGCUGUUUAUUUGCUAAAUGGUCUUCCAACUAAUGCUGCUGAAGGUAAAACUCCUAUUGAGGCUUGGUUUGGACUUAAGCCUUCAGCUUAUCAUUUGAAGGUUUUUGGUUCCAUAUGUUCUAUGCAUGUUCCAGCAACUAGAAGAACCAAGUUGGAUGAGAAAGCUGAGAUGGAAAUUCUAGCUGAAAAGUCUUCUUCUAAGUUAAAUGAAGACUCUAAUGUUGAACAAAGUGCAGCUACUACUUCUAGACACCAAAAUGUUGCUGAAACUGAUGAUGACUCACCACCUUUGAAGGUAAAGUCAAUUGAGGAUGUGUAUGCUAGGUGCAAUUUGGCUACUUCUGAUCCAACUUGUUUUUUUGAGGCUUCAAAACAUGAUGAAAUGAUGGCUGCUAUGAAAGAAGAGCUGGCUAUGAUUGAAAAGAACAAAACUUGGUCACUUUGUCCUAAAUUAGAAGGUAAAAAUGUGAUUGGGGUUAAGUGGGUUUUUAGAACAAAGCUUAAUCUUGAUGGUUCAGUAAACAAGUAUAAGGCCAGAUUAGUGGUUAAGGGAUAUGCACAGCAGCAAGGAGUAGAUUUUUCUGAGACUUUUGCACCAGUCACAAUGCAUGAUACUAUCAAACUAUUGUUUGCUAUUUCUGCUCAAAAUGGUUGGAAGGUAUAUCAUAUGGAUGUGAAAUUUGCUUUUUUAAAUGGUUUUUUGGAAGAAGAAAUCUAUGUUGACCAACCGAAGGGGUUCCUUGUUCAUGGAAGUGAGAAUAUGGUUUACAAGCUUCAUAAGGCUCUUUAUGGUCUGAAACAGGCUCCUAGGGCCUGGUAUAGUAGUAUUGAUGCCUACUUAAUGCAGCAAGGUUUCAGGAGGAGUGAAAAUGAAGCUACUUUGUACGUGAAAGACACAAAUGGUGAUGUACAACUUCUGGUUUCACUUUAUGUUGAUGAUUUUCUGAUUACAGGUUCUGAUGUUCAAGCUAUGGAACAUUUUAUGCUUGUUAUGAAGGAGUUUGACAUGUCAGAUCUUAGAGAAAUGAGUUACUUUCUUAGUUUGGAAAUCAAACAAUGUGGAAAUGGAAUUUUCUUGUCACAGCAAAAAUAUGCACGGGAUAUGAUGAAGAAAUUCAAUAUGGGAUACAGUAAUCCAAUUUCUACUCCUCUUGUUUUGAACUGUAAAAUGUCAAAAAAUGAUGGUAGUGCUUAUGUUGAUGCAUCUUGGUAUAGAAGUAUCAUUGGCAGUUUGCUUUAUCUUACUGCUACUAGACUAGACAUUAUGUUUGUUGCCAGUCUAUUGUCUAGAUACAUGAGUUCUCCUACUCAAGUUCAAUUGAGUGUUGCAAAGGGAGUUCUGAGGUAUGUUAAUGGUACUGUUGAUUAUGGAAUCUGGUUUAGCAAGAAUGAUUAUGGUUGCUUAUCAAGAUAUUUAGAUAGUGACUGGGUAGGGAGCAUAGAUGACGAUAGAAACACUUCUGGUUACUUAUUUAAGUUUGGAUUAGGUGUGUUUUGUUGGAAUUCUUGUAAACAAGAAGUGGUUGCCCAAUCUCCUGCUAAGGCUGAGUAUAUUUCAGCUGUGGAAGCUUCAAAUCAUGUUAUAUGGUUGAGGAAAAUGCUAUCUGAUAUGGGCAGCCUCAGUUUAAUCCUAGUUUGAUUUAUGUGGACAAUACAUUAGCUAUUGCAAUUGCUCAAAAUCCUGUGCAGCACAAGAAGACUAAGCAUGUUCAUGUCAAGUAUCAUGUACUUAGGUAGUACAUCAAGAACAAGCAAAUUUAGUUGCUUCAUUGUAGUUCAGAUGUACAACUUGCUGAUAUUCUUACUAAGUCCUCGCCAAAAUAGAGGUUUGAGAUGCUGAGAGAGUAGCUUGGAGUUACCAGACUUGCUCUCAAGGAGGAGUGUUAGUGUGUGAGAUCAAGUCUUUAAUGUGGCAGUUACAUUUAGUUUAUUUUACUUAGUGGUGUAGCAGUUUCUUUUCAGUUUGUAACUUCUUUUCAUUUCAGCAACUGUUAUGUAUAACUUUCUUUUUCUUUGAAACUUGUAUGUGUAUGUCUGCUGCUAUUUUCUGAAAAUAUAUCAGAUAUUGUUCA